GUGAGCAUCACCGUGCCAACGCCGGUUGCUCUGCCUGCGCCCAGUCCGGCUUACAGUAAUGAUGGACCUGGGUAGCUGCGCCCCCCCGGGAGAGAUCAAAGAGGAAGCUGAGACACUUUCUUGGACGUCUUGUGAACAUCAGAAAAUAUGGAGGGUUAGAAGAAGACCAAGGGAUUUGAUGUUUACAUGUGCUUCCAUGGAAUCCGGCCAGUGUUCACUUGGAAACAGAAACAGACCUUGGCAAGAGACUGUCCCCAAGCAGUGAAGAAGCUAUUAAAGAAAAGGAACAAGUGUGGUUUUGCUUUCAAAAGGACCUUCAGAUUCCUCAAACUGAUGCCGAGAGCCUGAAUUUCAUGGACUUACCUUUCCAGACCUACCAGCGAGACCAGAGGAACGCUACAUUCUAGCGUGGUAGGAUGCGGUUGAAGAAUGAGGACUGAGGGGUGGGGACUGUUGCUGGCUAAUUACAAUCUGACAAGGGCAGGUGCUCAGUUCUUCCCUUUCUCUCUCCUCGGGUGGAGCUGGAGCCAGGCCCAGAUCCCAGUGUGGUCAGCUGGUUUGUAGGGUCAGAUUUUCGAGCUCUCUACUAGCAAGCCAAGUGCAAAAGACGCCUAGGCAGGUCUGUACUGAGGACACUUGUCCAGAUAAGAAAUGUAUUUUUGCCGCUAGGUCUGGAGUUGAACUUGCUAUUCCUGGUAGUUUGUAAUCGAAGGCAUUUUGUUCUGUCCAAGUACUCUAUCUUCCUCCUCUCCUCCUCGGUGCCACACUCUACUUGUCUUCUCUUCCAUGAAGAUGCUUCAGUGCAAGAAACUCUGCCGGCAGCAUCACCUGUGGAUCCUCGGCUGCUACACCUUGCUGGCCAUUGUGGCUCUGAGACUGUCUCUGAGAUUGAAAUGUGACUUUGACCACUUGGAUUUACAGUCCAGGGAAUUUCAAAGCCAACGCUGUAGGAAUCUCUUGUACAAGUCCCUGAAGUUGCCGGCAAAGAGGUCUGUCAACUGUUCGGGGGUCACCCGAGGAGACCAGGAAGCCGUGAUUCAGGCUCUUCUAAAUAACCUGGAGGUCAAGGAGAAGCGGCAGCCCUUCACAGAUGCCGACUACCUUCACAUGACCAGAGACUGUGAGCGCUUUAAGGCCCAGAGGAAGUUCAUCCAGUUCCCACUGAGCAAAGAAGAGCUAGACUUCCCUAUUGCAUAUUCUAUGGUGGUUCACGAGAAGAUUGAAAACUUUGAGAGGCUGCUGCGAGCUGUGUACGCCCCUCAGAACAUAUACUGCAUCCACGUGGACAGAAAGUCCCCAGAAACUUUCCAAGAGGCAGUCAAGGCCAUUAUAUCAUGCUUCCCAAAUGUCUUCUUAGCCAGUAAGCUGGUGAAGGUGGUUUAUGCCUCCUGGUCCAGGGUGCAGGCUGACCUGAACUGCAUGGAAGACUUGCUUCAGAGCUCAGUGCCCUGGAAGUACUUCCUGAACACAUGUGGGACAGACUUUCCUAUAAAGACCAAUGGCGAGAUGGUCCAGGCCCUCAAGGUAUUGAAUGGGAAGAACAGCAUGGAGUCAGAGAUACCCAGUAGGCUCAAAAAGAACCGCUGGAAAUAUCAAUACGUGGUGACAGACACAUUGCACAUGACUGGCAGGAGGAAGGACCCUCCUCCUAAUAACUUAACCAUGUUCACAGGGAAUGCCUACAUGGUGGCUUCUCGAGACUUCAUCCAGCAAGUCUUACAGAACCCCAAAUCCCAACAACUGAUUGAAUGGGUAAAAGACACCUAUAGCCCCGAUGAACACCUCUGGGCCACCCUUCAGCGUGCACCCUGGAUGCCUGGCUCUGUACCCUACCACCCUAAGUACGAUGUCUCAGACAUGACCGCCAUCGCAAGGCUGGUCAAGUGGGAGGAACACAAGGGAGACGUCAAUGAUGGUGCUUCCUAUGCACCUUGCUCUGGAAUCCACCAGCGGUCUAUCUGUAUCUACGGGGCUGGGGAUCUGUGCUGGAUGCUUCAGAACCAUCACCUGUUGGCCAACAAGUUUGACCCCAAUGUGGACGAUAAUGCUUUUCAGUGCCUAGAAGAGUACCUACGUCACAAGGCCAUCUAUGGGACAGAACUCUGAGAUGCACUCUGACAGGAAUAUGUGCAGACAUCGCAGACAUGCCCAGAACUUGCUGAGGCUAUGGAGGGGGUAGAAUGAGGUGGGGAGACCAGGGCUUUGAAAUCCAGGGCAUCCCCCAGGAUAAGAGGGCUGCUUUUGGGUAAGUGGAUCCAUGGCCUUGAAAACUGUUGCUUGCCUCCUCGGCCCUCUCCCCAGAAAUUUUUCUACUGACUUUCUUCCAGAGUGAGAAUGAGAACCACUGUUAGAGUAAGGAAAGGGGUGUGGCGGGGGACCCUGGAUUUCAGGUUAAGGCCUGGAGUCAGCCUUUCUACUCUGGAGAUGCUCUUUGAGUAAUCUAGGCUUGGCAGUACAGAGGGGGACUUUGAUGCCAAGAGAGCCUUCUGUUUUAUACUUGAAUUUAAAAAUAAAUAGCUUUUGAUUUAAAGCCCUA